UUCACUAUCAACAUCAGCUGUUAGGCAACUAGCCUGUUGAGCUUCUGCGUGGAGAUUGUUGUCUCUUUUCAUUUUUGCUUUAAUUAUUUCAAGGAAUCUGUUAAGGUCUCCAUAAUUUGGCAAUUAUUCAGAUGGCUUUAAUUCAGUAUAUUGUAGUUCGAUGUGAUCUAAACUGGCCAUUGGGUGCUUUAAUUGCUCAAGGAUGUCAUGCAUCUGUUGCUGCAUUAACCAAAUUCAAGGAACAUGAUUUUACCAAAUCGUAUCUUCAAGACUUGGAAAAUAUGCACAAAGUUGUCCUCAAGGCAGAUGAAGCACAGUUAACUGAAAUCGUUACUAAAUUAACAAAUAACAAUAUUGACUUCUACCUCUGGAAAGAGAUGCCCGAAAAUAUCACCUCAGCAUUGGCUACAAGACCUUAUUAUAAGCAAGAUAUUCAUCCGUUUCUAAAGCAUCUCAAGCUUUAUUCUUGAAAUUGGUGUUGAUUAACAAAUAUCUAUAAAGCAAUAGGAGUGAUAUGAUGAUAAUUGGAAUAAAGCGAUUAACUUUCCCAAGAUGACGCUCAUCUAAAUUAUUC